UUAGAAAACAAUCAGUGACGUCACGGAUUGGCUGUCAUUGGGUUCUGUGCAAUUUGUCUGGGGGAUUUUGUGAGGAAAAUGCCGAAGAAAAUGGGAGAAAACACAAAGGCCGUGGAGGCCAGAGAGCGGAAGUUGCAGGCGAAGAAGGCGCUCAAUGAGAAAAUCGCCAAGGAGAAAGAGGAUGCCCUCUGGCAGGAUGAUGACAAAAACCUUGCCAAGAAGAAGCAACGAAAGGAGGAGGAAGAGAGAAAAAGGGCUGAGCAACUGAAGAAGAAGCAGGAGGCCAAGCUACUCCUGGAGCAGGAAAUGAGUUCGAUUAAGACGACGGGGAAACCUUCAAUUCAGAAGAUCACCCGAGCUCAGAUCCAGAAGGAAGUGGAAACGAGAAACAAGAAUAUCGAAGCUAUCAAUAAACCUGCCAAACCGAAAAAUGAACUGCUGGAGGAGAACCUCAAUCGAGUGGAUCUGGAAAGUACUGUGGCCACAAAUGUUGACGAAGCUAUUGCUGCUCUAAGUUUCAAGGAUGACGCUGUCGAUAAGCAUCCGGAAAAACGAAUGAAGGCUGCUUUUAAGGCGUUCGAGGAGGAAAAUAUGACGAGAAUUAAACUGGAGAAUCCAACACUGAAGCUGUCCCAGUGGAAGCAACUUCUGUUUAAGGAAUGGACCCGCUCUCCUCAAAAUCCCAUGAAUAAACCACAGUAGAAUGUACUUGAAAUUCUUGUUCUCAAUCCUCGAUUUUUAUUAUUUAUCAAAAUGGUCAUAAAUUAUUUCUUUCAUUUUUCUUUUUGGAUUCACUGAUUCCAAAUUCUGAUUAAACUAAUGAAUUAAAAAUGGA